AUGGCUGCGGCAGUAAGGCGUGGCUCUCCAGCUCAGGGGCAUGGAGCAGGUACGAGGAGGCGUGGAACAGGUUUAAAGACACAACUAUGUAAACUCAUGUUCAGACCUGACAUUGCAGCUUCGCCUCAACAUUAUAAAGAUGGCGUAUUCCACUGGCACCAUUGCAGCAGGCUGUUUUGGGAAAGUCUACAAAGAAAAGUACAAUGACACAUGGGCUGCGAUAAAGAGAGUUCCUCACCAGCUCAUCAGCAGGAAGGACCUGGAGAGAGAGUGUGAUGUGUACAAUAAGGCAGAGCACCCCAACAUAGUGAAGCUUCUGGGCAACAUAACACUCAAGGAUGGAAAAUGGGUGAUUCCCCUGGAGUUUAUCUUUGGCGAGGACUUAGAGACCACCAUCUUCAAAGCGGCAAAGUCAAAAAUACAGCUGACUCCAGCUAACAAAGGCAAAAUUAUCAUCGGCAUGUGUGAGGGGCUGCUUCACCUCCACAGCAAAGACAUUGUCCAUCAAGACCUCAAGCCCGAGAACAUCAUGGUAGAGCACAACACAAACAGAGCAGUAAUAAUCGACCUGGGAUUGGCAAAGUUCUUCCGAAAUGGUCUCAACUCUGCCAUGGACAUGGGCAAUGAGGCGUACUCGGCCCCCGAGGUGCUGCAGCGGGGCAACCAGCGUAGCCAGCGCUCAGAUGUGUGGGCCAUGGGCAAGAUCAUCGCCGAGCUCUGCGCCCGGAUUCGACUGCACACCCCCAGCGUCUGUCCCGCCAAGAUCAAGGAGACGCUCCGGGAUCAGCCGUACUGCCAUGCUGUCUGUAGGAUGGUGGAGAGCAAUCCCUCUCUCAGGGCCUCCAUGGCCGGGGUCAUGAGUGACAUAAGAAGGGCUGGAGGUGGAGGAAUCACUGCUGGGCCUCCGCCAAAGGACCACCUCCAGCCACCCGCACCCCGCACGAACAUCCGAGACCCCUCUCCAUCGCGAUUUAACAGGGAUCCAUCACCACUGAACAGGCGUCCAUCACCACUGGAAAGGUCUCCAUCACCAUUUAAAAGAGAUCUAUCACCAAUGAACAGGGGCCCAUCACCACUGAAUAGAGAUCUAUCACCAAUGAACAGGGGUCCGUCACCACUGAAUAGGGAUCUAUCACCAAUGAACAGGGGUCCGUCACCACUGGACAGGUCGCCAUCGCCGCUGAAAUGGGACCGCGCGCCUUCUCCCAAACCGGGCACCGCAGCGCUGCGUCCUCAGGCCGCAGUGCAUCGCCCUCUGUCCCCACACCUGACAGAGGGCAGGGACAAGGACAAGAGCCAGGCCGUGGUCCCGGCAGGCAAAGCAGGCCUCAGUGAAGACUUUAUGAAGAUGAUGCUCUACCAAGAGGCUUCCAAGGAUCUGCCCUGCGGCCUGCCGACGACAGGGAUGGUGCGGGUGCGGCGUUACGAGGAGAAAAAUGGGGAGGUUGAAACAUGGGAGCAGAAGGAGGUGGUGACGAAAGGUGGGAGGAUAGUCAAGUACGACAAUGUAAAGUUUAACAGCAAUUAGGAACUGGAGGUCUAUUUCAAGGAGAUACCAUUCAGGGGAUUACUCUCCCCACAGUGACUUGUAAAAUGCUGAGUGCAUGCUUGGCUGUAUGAUAAGCUAUGUGGAGGUCUGAAAAUUAAUUUCUGAAAUUUUCUUUUACAUAGGAGAGCAUACAAGAUACAUUUUCUUCAGGAGUGUAUUGAUUUUGUAUCAAAACCAAAAAAACAUGGUUUCUGCCAUCCUUGUUCAAUGAAAUGUACUGUAAUGUGUGAGGAACUGUGAUUUUUCUUUUUUCAUCACAGAUGUUGCAUGUGAUUUUUCUUUGUUGGGUUUUUUUUGGUAGGUCACAAAGCGAAAUGACAACAAACACAUUCAUAAUGUAGAACAUUUGACACUGCUUUUGAUUAAUAAUGUUAAGACUAAUAACAUUUUUCUCAAGGAGCACACACAGGCUUUGUGUUGCAACAUUGCACAACCUUUACAAAACAUUGUUGCAAAAGCCUCUCUCAACGUUUCCUGCUGGAUUGUUGAUGUAUGUUUAAAUUAAGAGGAGAGAACUUGCAUUUUAAGUCAGUUCAGAUUUUUCUUACCUCCAAAAAAUCAAAGACAAACGAAAACUGUGAGACGGGUGAUUUCCACAGAAUUAGGUGACGACCUCACUUUAAACUGUUGUUGUAUAGUUAAAAGGGGAUUCACCACAAAGUUAUAAAAAGAGUAUAAGAAAAAGUUUUCAGUCAUGUAGUAACGUGCUACAAUAUCGGGCCGUGUCAUGAAUUUGUAGGCAUGAGGAACAACUGUCUGUGAAUGUUUUCGAAUGUGUGAAUACUGUGGGUUAGGGUGACUUAUUUAAUUGUGGGUGUGAAACCACUGAAUAGGACGGUGAACAUGGCACAUGCAUUUUAAAACUAGCACAUUAUAUGUAUGUUCAUAAUUCAUCAUCAUCACAGACAGACCUGGUGUGCAGAGGCUGUGCAGCUGCAACACUCGUUUUCACAUUCUGGCUGUCGGGUAAAAGCCUCAUAACCCCCAGCGCUGAUUGUUGAUGUGAAAUUGGGGGAUCACACGGUCUUCUGUGGUUAAGUUCUACAACCCUCUGAGUGACAAAAACCUUUCAAACCCUGAAAAAAAGCAUGGCUGGCAAAGAACAAAACUGCUUUUCUUAUUUUCCAAGGAAGAGAUGCUUUUAUGAUGUAAGACUUUCACCAGAAAACAGCGAUUUGACAUAUGGAGGGAUUGUUCCUUUUGUAAUGAUCGCAUUUUUGAUCACAGCUGAAAAGCAAAU